AUGGUUGCAAAGAACGCUUUUUCAUGCGAAGUUGCGGAAUUCCAAAAGAAGGAAAAAUCAAACGUCCACAAGUACAGUGGAAAGGCCCUUGCAUUAACCCUCCUGUUAGUGCUCAUAGGAUGCAGCGCCAACGUGGUACGUGUAUUCUCCCCUGAUUUUAAGAACAUAUCAAAGCAUUCUUCCAAAUUAUACGAUUUAUUAUUUAUUAAAUGGCCUACCUUUGAGAAUGCAAAAAACUGCGGAAAUGGUGUAGAAAAAAAAUUCAGUGGAAAAAACAUGAGAAUUUUAUUUGUAAAUCACGGAAAUGUUAUGUCAUUUGAUAGUGAAGAAAGCUUAGAGGAUUUAGACACGCGAUCUACUACUGUGGGGGGUAACGAUGACACUUUUUCUUAUUCCAGUAAUGAAUCCUUGAACCCAUCUGAGAGAGAAAAUUUAUUAAAAGAAGAUGAUGAUGAUUAUUACUAUUAUGAUUUUUCAGAAUUUUUGUCCAAAGAGAAAUUUAACGAGAAUAACUUUAUAACUUUGAAUAACAAAUUCAAGGGGAAAAUGAAAAAGCCAAUAUCUAUCCUUUGCGCUGUGACAUCUGCGAUAGUACUGUACUAUUGCCCACAAGUGUUGAUUCCUAUUAUGAUACUGUUAAUCAUUUUUGCAAUAGGAUUGGGUAUACAUUUAAAAUUCCUUAACAAACAUAAAAAAAGAGAAAAUGAUUUCUAG